CAGAGGAGAGGAGGGCGCCAAAUAGGAAGAAGAGCAGAUGUGUGUGUGAGUGUGUGUGUGAGUGAGUGUCGGGUCUGACUCUAGUCACAACAACCCGACAGGACUCGUCUUUACCGUCACGUAUGAGAGACUCGUGGAGAUGGAGCACCGCGCUGCCUGGACGAAGACAAAGACUGACAACAUGGACACAGACAGUGUGAGCAUAUGGCCACGUAUGGAACCUUUCUUACUGGGAGCCCUGCAGGUGGCUCCCUCCUCCAAGCUCAGCCUGCACUAUCUUCGCAAGAUGGCGAUCUACGUGCGGACGCGGGAUGGCUGCUUCCCCAUUUUGGGCUGGCCCAUGUGGAGGCAUAUUGCCUGUGGAAAGCUGCAGCUUCCAGAAGACCUUGCGUGGCUCUACUUUGAGACAUUUGACCUUCUUAUAGGUCACACUCCAGAGGAGAGGCUGGAGUGGGCAGAGUGUCUGUCACAGUGCUCUUCCAAAAGCGAGCUGGACCAACAAAGGAACAAGUUGUCUGUGGACACACUGCAGUUCCUCCUCUUCCUCUACAUCCAGCAGCUGAACCGUGUGUCUCUGCGCACCUCUCUGAUUGGUGAAGAGUGGCCCAGUCAUCGCACUCGCUCCCCGUCUCCAUCAGACCGAGAGACAAAGACCAGCUCCCAGAACAAGAACUGGGAUGAUCAGGCCCACCUGUCAUUUGUGCAAAGCCAUCUAGCUGAGGUCCUGGAGCUGCUGGUGGAGCCAGGCCAGCUGUCACAGUCGGGACAGGCUCUCAGAGACUGUCAGAUAUCCCUGGAGGCUGUGAGGAGCUUGGGUCUGCUCUUGGAGGGCUCGGCCUGCCAUGGCAGAGCUGUUCAGCCUGUCCACCGGCUGCUCACCAAAGGUCCGCUCCAGACACAAGCCGGCUACUCCACACUCAGCCGCUCUUUCCCCCUGCACAAGCUGCUCUCAUGUCUCCAGCAAAGCCUCACGCUCAACCCGUUUGGGAUGACGGCCUGCCUGCGCUCAGGCAAGAAACUCGCCUGGGCUCAACAAGUGGAGGGGGCGAUGAAGAGAGCCAAGAUAGCCCGAAACACCCACAUGGCUCCACCUGGCAGCAAGAUGGUGCUGAUGUCACAAGUCUUCAAACAGACCCUGGCCAAAACCUCAGACAGGCUGACCGGUGCCAACAUCAAAAUUCACAGAUGCUCAGAUGCCUUCAUUUACCUUCUCUCACCUCUCAGAUCAGUCAGCGUGGACAAAUGCCGUGACUGCACGGUGGUUCUGGGUCCUGUCGAGACCAGCGUCCACAUCCACAGCUGCCAGAACCUGCGGGUGGUGUGUGUGGCCGGAAGGGUCGCAAUCGGAGCCUCCUCACGUUGCACUAUUCACGCCUUGACGCCCACCCGCCCCUUGCUCCUACCUGGAAACACAGACAUUACACUGGGGCCUUUUCACACUUUCUACCCCUCCCUGGAGGAUCACAUGGCCAGCGUGGGGCUGGCUGUAGUCCCCAACGUCUGGGAUCGACCUUUGCUCCUGGGGACCGAGGGCCUCGUCAACCCCUCGCUCAACGUGUCAUCCAACCCGGACCCGGCCUGCUACCGCCUGCUGCCCCCGGCUGAGUUCCACACGCUGGUUGUGCCUUUCCAGAUGGAGGGCGACACAUGUGAGGUGCCGGGGGGUUUGCCGCCUCCGUAUCAGGCAGCACUGGAUGAAAAGCAGAAGAGGAUACAGAACUGGCAGAAGACUGUGAUGGAGGCCCGGCUAAACAAGGAGCAGAAGCGGCAGUUCCAGGAGUUGGUGGAGGUCAAGUUCCACGAGUGGCUUCUGGAGGCGGGGCACAGGCAGGAACUGGACAGCCUCAUCCCGCCCACCAUGGCCUCUUUGAAGGACUCCAACGGGCCUGCAGGAGACACAGCCCGAGUUAAUGACAACAAACAUAUAAGGACUGGACAGGCAGCGGGACAGUCACCGAUGGCUUGUUGAGUCGUUGGGUUUGUCUUAUUUGGGUCUGAGCCAGCAGAAUAACUGUACCUGUACAUGAAGGUAACAUGACAGUAUACACAGACAGGUUACAUGCUUAACAGACGAGUAUGUUAACUGCAAGUAUUGCACAGUGUGCUUGUAGUCACUGACACUUUACUGUGGUGAGUCUGGAGCUGCUGAUUCAGCUUAUAUUGCAACUCAGGUCCCACUCGUUCUUGAGUGGGAGGCCAGUAUGAGCUGCUCUACAAGUUCUUCUGAAAGCAAGGCAGCUAAGUCUUUAACGUAAGUAGGGAGUGGAUCGGCAUGUUGUAAAUCAACAUCACAGGCACCUCUCAGUAGACACACAGGGUGUUGCAUCUGUGAUGUCACCACAGGCUUUCAGAAGGGACAUUUUGAAAAAGCUUUGUCUUUUUUUGGAGACAGAAAAUCUUGUUGGAAGAAAGUGGGUGCAGCUGAGAAAAUGCUGUUCUCUUAAAGCAUCAGUAGCUCUUAAAUGUACAUUAAGCCACAGUUUGAGAGCGGAAAUUCACCUCUUGUGAAAACUCAUCAUAAUAUGGUUGGAUGUUUUGGAGUCUGCAUUUAAACACCAUUAGAGGAGCUUAAACGUUAAGGAGUACUUCACCUGCAAAAGGAGGAUUUGUACAUCAGUUAUUCACCGUGUUACGUGUAAUUUGGUAAGAACACUUUGUUUUUCUCGCAUCCCUCCACAGUGAACGAAGAUCAAUUCUUGAUAAAUUGAAGUAAACGGGGACAGCGUUUAACAACAGUAAAACAAUAUCAAAAACAUCAGUUUACAGACUCUCACACAACUCAUGCAGAAUAAUCAAGUCUAAUUUUUCCUGUCAUAUACUCAGGACUUCCCAAACACACACAUUUUUACAAAAACAUUACAGUUUAAAACACUUGUAGCGUGCUCUGAGCAGCCUGAGCAGCACCUAAGGGCCACUUGAGCUCAAAUGCACGAGCGCGCUCAGGCACACUUCUCGUCCAUGCAUGAUUUUUUUAAAUGAAAAUGCAUGUGUUAGGGAAGUACUGAGCAUACGGCUGGAUAAAUGAGACUUGGGUUAUACUACACGAGUUGUGUGAGAGUUUGUAAACUGAUGUUUUGAUGUAGUUUUGCUGUUGAAACAUCUCUGUUUACUUCAGUUCAUGAGGAAUGUUUGCCUUUUUGGAUUUUUUGUUCACUGGAGGCGUACGAGAAAAAACAAGUUUUCUUCACAAAUGUAAUGCAACACAAAAAUGACUAAUUGAUUUACAAAUGAUAAUUUGGGGAGUGAAAUCUUCCUACAUGAUAUUUUCUUUAAAAAAAUAAAAAUAAUAAAAAAAGAAGGUUAACAUGCAUUUAACGAUGGAGGAUAUAGAAACUAAAUAAAUAUAGCACUUUGGGUGUUAAGGACGUGUUAGUGCACCUACAGUUAUUAGCUCAGGUCGUAGAACUUUUAUUAGCAAUCAAGUGUUUUCCAUUUUGGAGGAAGGAAUAUUAAUUUAUUGUAGGUUUGUGAACGCACCGUCCAAACUGUAAGUAUAGAGUAAGUUAGCAAAACUACUCCGCUCUCCAUGUGCUGAAUGUUAGGAGCCGGGCCCAGUUAUUGUUCUCAUGUUGGGGGUUGUCACCAGCUGUCAGAAACAGAUGUUUGUUCUGACAUGUGUGACUGCUGUGCGGACUGGUCCUUUAGUAUAAAUCAGUACGACUGAAACAGCUGCCAAAUGAGGCUAAAACACUUUGGGUUGCCAGAUACUGUCUAAAUGUUUAUUUUUAUAUUAAUGCACCUGAAUUAAUUUGUAUAUUUUAGCAUUAUAGUGAGAUUAUUUUGUCAUUGAUCUACCCUGCCUACAGAACCAUUUCUAGCAUUAAAACCUUGAAGUGUACUUCAGUCCAGUAGCUUCCUGUUUCCACACUUUCACUCAUUACAACAUGCUAACGGUCGAGCUUUCACAGAUUGGGACAUACAUCACAUACAACAGAAUCACUGCAUGUGUCUUCAGGGCAGCUUUUGAAUUAGUUGUAGGAAGUGAAGGGAACUUAGACUUGAUUAAAAAGGUACUGUUAAAUGCUGUUACACGUCAGAGAAUAUUGCUGUAUGUUAUGAAAAUGCUGGUUAUGUAUCUUUUUAUUUUCAUGGUGAUUACACAGUUAAAUGCCUCACUGCUGAAAA